AUGGCUCGGGGCGGCCCCGGCUGCCCGGUGGCUGGGAGCCGGGAGCAGCUGCGGGCUCCCCUCUGGGGCUUCUGGGCAGCCCUGGGGAUGCUCUGCUCUCCCGCCUCCCAGGCGUUCAACCUGGACGUGGACAAGCUCACCGUGUACAGCGGUCCCGAGGGCAGCUACUUCGGCUACGCUGUGGACUUCCACAUACCUGACCCGCGAACGGUGAGUAUCUUGGUGGGAGCACCCAAAGCCAACACCAGCCAGCCGGAUAUAGUGGAGGGCGGCGCUGUCUAUUACUGCCCCUGGCCGGCCACUGGGGAUGUUAAAUGCAAGCAGAUCCCGUUUGACACUACUAACAACAGAAAGAUUAGAGUCAAUGGAACCAAGGAGCCUAUUGAGUUUAAAUCGAAUCAGUGGUUUGGAGCAACAGUAAAAGCUCAUAAAGGGAAAGUAGUGGCCUGUGCUCCAUUGUAUCACUGGAGAACCCUCAAAGCUACCCGGGAAAAAGAUCCUGUUGGCACUUGCUAUGUAGCCAUUCAGAACUUCAGCGCGUACGCAGAAUAUUCUCCUUGUCGGAACAGCAAUGCUGACCCCGAAGGCCAAGGUUACUGUCAAGCAGGCUUUAGCUUGGAUUUUUACAAGAAUGGAGAUCUUAUAGUGGGAGGACCUGGCAGUUUUUACUGGCAAGGCCAGGUGAUUACAGCCAGCAUUGCCGACAUCAUUGCCAAUUACUCCUUCAAGGAUAUUCUAAGGAAACUAACUCGAGAAAAACAAACUGAAGUUGCUCCAGCAUCCUAUGACGACAGUUACCUUGGAUAUUCAGUUGCUGCUGGAGAAUUUACUGGAGAUUCUCAGCAAGAAAUCCUGGCUGGGGUUCCACGAGGGGCACAGAAUUUUGGAUAUGUUUCAAUCAUUAAUUCGACGGAUAUGACCUUUAUUCAGAAUUUCACUGGCGAACAGAUGGCAUCUUAUUUUGGAUAUGCUAUUUCAGUAUCAGAUGUCAACAAUGAUGGCCUGGAUGACAUAUUGGUUGGAGCCCCCCUCUUCAUGGAGCGUGAAUUUGAGAGCAGCCCUAAAGAAGUGGGGCAGGUUUACCUUUACUUGCAAGAAAGUCCUUUGCUCUUCAGAGAUGCCCAAGUCCUCUCAGGAACCGAAGUGUUUGGCAGAUUUGGAAGUGCUGUCACUCAUUUGGGAGAUCUGAACCAAGAUGGAUACAAUGACAUUGCAGUUGGUGCACCAUUUGCUGGAAAAGAUGGAAGAGGCAAAGUGUUCAUUUACAAUGGGAAUGAAGAAGGAUUAAACCAGAAACCAUCCCAGAUUCUGAAUGGAGCCUGGGCCUCCCAGGCCAUGCCGUCGGGAUUUGGCUUUACUUUGAGAGGUGAUUCUGAUGUAGACAAGAAUGAUUACCCAGAUUUAAUUGUGGGUGCCUUUGGAACUGGAAAAGUGGCUGUUUAUAGAGCAAGACCAGUUGUGACAGUGGAUGCCCAGCUUCUGCUGCACCCAGUGAUUAUAAACCUUGAAAAUAAAACCUGCCAGAUCCCUGGACUUGCAGCAUUGGUACCUUGUUUUACUUUGAGAGUGUGUGCAUCUGUAGAAGGUCAGAGCAUUUCAAAUACAGUAGCUCUGAUAGCUGAUGUGCAGUUAGAUUCACUGAAACAGAAGGGAGCCAUUAAGAGGACCCUCUUCAGGGAUAACCAUCAGUCACAGCUUGUCUUCUCUCUAGUGAUAAACCAACAUCAAUCCCUCCAGUGCCAGGACUUCAUUAUUUACCUCCGAGAUGAAACUGAAUUCCGAGAUAAAUUAUCUCCAAUCAACAUUAGCUUGAAUUACAGUUUGGAUGAAUCCACUUUUGAGGAAGGCCUUGCUGUUAAACCAAUACUGAACUUCUACCGGGAAAGCAUUGUUAAUGAGCAGGCUCACAUCCUGGUGGACUGUGGAGAUGACAAUAUGUGCAUUCCUGACUUGAAACUUUCAGCUAGACCAGAUAAGCACCAGCUGAUCAUUGGAGAUGAAAACCACCUAAUGCUCUUAGUGAAUGCAAGGAAUGGAGGGGAAGGCGCCUAUGAAGCUGAGCUCUUUGUGGUGAUACCUGAAGAAGCUGAUUAUAUUGGAACUGAGCGCAACAACAAGGCUCUGCACCCACUGAGUUGUGAGUACAAGAUGGACAACAUAACCAGAAUGGUGGUGUGUGACCUGGGAAACCCUAUGGUGGCUGGAACAAAUUACUCACUAGGCCUCCGAUUUGCUGUUCCCCGUCUUGAAAACACCAAUACAAGCAUUGACUUUGAUCUCCAAAUCAGAAGUUCCAACAAGGAUAACCCAGAGAGUAAUUCCGUGAGCCUGCAAAUCAACGUCAGCGCUAUGGCUCAAGUAGAGAUAAGAGGAGUAUCCCAUCCACCACAGAUUGUUCUGCCGAUUCAUAAUUGGGAGCCUGAAGAGGAGCCCCACAAAGAAGAAGAAGUUGGACCAUUAGUACAACAUAUUUAUGAGCUGCACAACAUCGGACCCAGCACUGUCAGUGAAACGCUUCUGACCGUAGGAUGGCCAAAUUCUGCAAAAGAGGAAUCUCUUCUAUAUAUUUUCCAUAUUCAGACCCUUGGGCCAUUGCAGUGUCAAACAAAUCCUGCUAUCAACUCACUGGGAAUAAAGCCCGCAGCCUCCCAGGAGGACAUCCCUGCCCUCAGUGCCUUUCUGCGUAAUUCUAGCAUUCCUCAUCUUGUCAGGAAAAGACAUGUCCCAGUGGCAGAGAUUCACAGACAGAGUCCUGCAAAAAUCCUGAAUUGCACGAACAUUGAAUGCUUGCGAAUCUCUUGUGUGGUUGGACGAUUAGAAGGAGGUGAGAGCGCAGUCCUGAAAGUCAGAGCACGUUUAUGGGCCCAAACUUUUCUCCAGAGAAAAAAUGACCCCUAUUCACUUGCUUCCAUUGUAUCCUUUGAAGUUAAGAAGAUGCCCUAUAAUGACCAGCCAGCACAACUCCCAGAAGGAAAAGUAGCAAUUAGAACAUCAGUCAUCUGGGCAACUCCAAAUGUCUCCUUCUCAAUCCCAUUAUGGGUUAUCAUAUUAGCCAUACUUCUUGGCUUACUGGUCCUCACACUUUUGACCUUAGCCUUAUGGAAGUGUGGAUUCUUUGAUCGAGCAAGACCUCCCCAGGAUGAUAUGGCUGACAGAGAGCAAUUAACAAAUGAGAAGGUUCCUGAUGCAUGAAAAAAAAAAAAGGAACACCAACUCAAUUCAAAAGAAAAAGACUGAAGCCAGCUGCCAUGGAACCAGUGAGCACCAUGUUGAUGCCAUUUGAAUUCCCCAGUACUUUGGGAACUCACCAUGUGAUGAGCAUAAUCCUUUUGGGAAAAGACCUUCAUCGAAACAGACCCAUCAAUGGGGAGGGUUUUGUUGUUUUGUUCCUGAUGUUCUAGAUUUGUUAGAUACUUAGGCCUAUUCGAGAUGGCUUAAAUUGCUUUCUAGAUAAACCCAACUUCAGUUGCAAGGAUGAAAUUCCUGAGUUGCUGUAGAAUCUAGAAGGUGAACUAGAGCACAACCCUUUGAACACUACUGUAUCAAGCAGACUAUUCGACACCUCCCUAUGGAAAAGAAACAUUGCUUCUGAAACUAUGGCUCAGGGAGACAAGCAAUAUGUUGUUGGUACUGUGAAAGUACUUUUUAAAGCUACAAAGAGAAACUUGUAAGUGGGGAUAGUGAGUUAUUUAUUUUUUCCACCUCUGUAGUUUGACAUCUGGAAUGUCAAAGGACCCACAUAUCAGGAUGUCAUUACCCGUUUUUGAAAAUCAUUUGCCCAGCUCACAAAGAAGAAAAGUGCAUUGUGCAAAGAUGUCAUUCCACAGAAAUGCUUCUUUAGAGGCGUAGCAGAAUGUAUACAAUAUUUUAGAGAGAAGAGAAUCAGUUCUAAGACUCAGUUGCACAUUAAACUGUAUCUUCUUGUACCAAUCAGCAUUAGUUUUUUACCCACCAUCCAGAGAUUCAUGGCUGCCUAAACGAACAUCACCAAAUGCUGCAUAUUUUUUUUUACUUUUUUCCCUUGUGCUUUUAAUUAUAUCAGUUCACAAUAUGUCAUGAUACUUCAAAAAACUCUCUUCAUUGUGCGUGUGAGUGUGUGCUUAAGCUAUAUUAAUACAUCAAAAAUUCUUUCCUUUGGUGUGGGAAUUGCCUCCAACUCCUUAAAU